UUCGGGGGGGGGGGGAUUUCCUGUGGGAUAAUCCGCUAGGGCGGGCGUAUAGAGGGAUAUGGUUUGGGAUGGGAUAGUCCUAUCAUAGGAACCCCUUGUAAAUUCUGUUGACCACCUGUGGCUUAGCUUCCUGGGGUUUGUGCAGGCUAUGAAUGUCAGCCUAGCUGCAGUACAGCAGAUGGAGGAUCCGUGGUAACCUUCAGGAAGAUGAUCCGGCUACGAGUACCUGGAAUUGGGGGAUUGACACUUCAAUGGCAGUGACAGAGUUUCAAUGGCCUCAGCUGGGUGCGCGGUACGGGCUCAGGGCGGCACUGGUGGUGUUGUCUGGGUCACUACUGGUAGCUCUCCUUCCCCUGAGUGGGCUAGAGGGGCACUAUAAGGCGGCUCUGAAGGUCCUGCUGCAGUGUAACCUAUGGGGAGGGAACGAUCGGCUGCACACCUACCCUGGGCAGACGACGGGUCUUGCUGUUGCUUCAACUGCAAUCGAACUCAUGGUGUUUAAGCCGAAACCGUCUUCAGAUGUCAAGUUUGAAGCCAGAGCUGCUUUGAACCAAGCACUUGAAAUGAAGCGGCAAGACAAGAGGGACAAAGCACACAAGCUACUUCUCCACGCCCUGAAGAUGGACCCGGACCAUGUGGAUGCCCUUAAUGAGCUUGGUAUUUUUCUGGAGGAAGAGAAGGAUAUCAUCCAGGCAGACUAUCUCUACUCGAAAGCAUUAAUGAUCUCCCCCCACAACGAGAAAGCGUUAGUAAAUCGAGACCGCACCUUGCCUUUAGUUGAAGAAAUAGAUCAGAGGUAUUUUAGCAUCAUUGACAGUAAAGUUAAAAAGGUGAUGUCCAUUCCGAAGGGUAACUCCGCUCUUCGCCGGGUCAUGGAAGAGUCUUAUUAUCAUCACAUUUACCACACCGUUGCCAUCGAAGGAAACACCCUUUCAUUGUCUGAAAUCCGCCAUAUAAUUGAGACACGAUAUGCUGUGCCUGGUAAAAGCCUCGAGGAGCAAAAUGAAGUCAUUGGAAUGCAUGCCGCCAUGAAAUAUGUCAACACCACUCUGAUAUCUCGCAUAGGAUCUGUGUCCACAGACGAUAUACUGGAAAUACACCGCAGAGUGCUGGGCUAUGUGGACCCCGUCGAAGCUGGCCGAUUCCGUGCAAACCAAGUGUUUGUGGGCAACCAUAUUCCACCUCAUCCCAGAGACGUGGACAAGCACAUGCAGGAGUUUGUCCAGUGGCUUAAUUCAGAUGAUGCGAUGAACUUGCAUCCUGUGGAAUUUGCGGCUCUAGCACAUUACAAACUGGUCUAUAUCCACCCUUUUGUUGAUGGUAACGGAAGGACUUCACGUUUGCUUAUGAAUGUGAUUUUGAUGCAGGCAGGUUACCCCCCAAUAACCAUCAGGAAGGAACAGAGGUCUGAAUAUUAUCAUGUUUUGGAAUUUGCGAAUGAAGGUGAUGUGAGGCCUUUUAUUCGAUUUAUUGCCAAAUGCACAGAGUCCACCCUAGACCUUUUCCUAAUAGCCACAGCAGAGCACCCUGUGGGUCUCCCAGAGCCCCAUCCGGACAGUUUUGAGUGCAAACGCACCAUUCCAGUCAAGACUUGAACCCUAGCCAGAACUCUGUGGCCUUCGUUGCCUUAUUUACACACCCUACAUGUUGCUCGUCGCCAGCGACAUCUCAUUAAUUUAUUUGACGUGUUUUGCUGCUAGUUUGAUUUGACAUAUUUCAUGUUCUGCAGGGUAUGGUCAAGCCCAGACGUACAAAAAAAAAAAAGGAAAUUUGCACAUGUUACAUACAGAUUUUGAUGCUGAGGAUUUCACCCCUUUACAUUAGCCCAUGUGCAUAAGGCAGGUUUUCCACACCAAAAUCCAUGUAGAAUCUGCUCUCAGUCAACCGCCAUUGUUUUCAAUGGGAAAUCCACGCCAUGAUUGUUCCACAGCUUUUAUUUUUUUUUGCUUUUUAUUUAUAUUCCAUGUCAUGGAAAAAGAGCAACAUAUUCCUGCUGAAAUCAAUGGGAUGCCCAAAAGCUGCAUCAAAGUCUGGAAAGCCCAUGGAAUUUUGAUGCAAAUUCUGCACCUACAUUUUGUGUGCUAAUACAACCUUGUGAUCAUACUCUUAAAAGGGGUGAAAUCAGCGCUGAUUAUCCAUAUCCAAAAGUCACAUGCCGUGGAUUUUAAAACGGGCCAUCUCGUGCACUGCCUGGUAUCUGCGGUCUAUUUCACCUGCGCAAAUCCAUGGUAAAAUCAGCAGCAAUGUGGACACUGCACAGUGUCCCAGGUUUUAAAGGGCCAUCACAUGCAUUGCCUAUUUGAUCGCGCGUCUAUUGUACUGUACUCACUUGAUGUGAGUACAGUAAUAUAGACCCAAGGUUGGGAUAGGAACUGACGAUGCGCUCAGUUUGGGUCAGAGGAGCCACAGUCGGUACACAGACCAUGCAUAGUCGUGUAAAUCAGUCCUUAGUCUACACUUAUAUUUAUAAAUCCCAAUAUAAAGUGGAUCUGUCCUUAUACUAUGCUGUAUUUAAAGGGGGUAUCCAGGUUUUUAAAAUUGAUGGUUCACAUUGCUCCCCAGUACUAUGGGUGGCAGAUAUGCUGGGUAUUGCAAGUGAAAGGGUCAAAGCUACACUACCCAGCACAUUCACUACUAAAAGAACUGCAUGCAGGUUUAUGGAGCAAAGUACAAAUAGCUCAUCAGCAGGGGGUGUCGGGAGUCCGACUUGCACCAAUCUAAUAUUGAUGACCAAUCCUAAGGAUAGGCUAUCAGUUUUAAAAACCUGGAGGGCAAUGUAUUACAAAAAUCCCCAGCAGAACAUUUCUGGGAGCAUUGAUUACACAACUCCAAGGAUUCAGCCACAAGGUAUUUUACGCUGUUACAUUAUACUGGGCUUGUGGAUACUUUCAGAAAGUGUAGUUACUCCCGAUUGUAUUAAAGUGGUUGUCCGCUUUUGUAAUAUU